AUGGCUAAAGUUAUUCCAAAAAAUUAUGGAAAAGAUAUUCUCGAGGUCGUUAAGUGGCAAGAAUUCAUUGCAAUUUAUGUUCAUAGUGUCGUUCUUAACUUUUUUAUUGUUUGCAAAAAUACUCUGCUGUCCUUGAAGACAUAUUUCGAUAAUCGUUUUGCUCCAACCCGACAACACAUCGCACAUAAAUUUCCUGCGUUAUCAAUAAUAGGAAAAAGAGAAAAUAAAGUUUCGAAGCAACACCAGUCAAUUGCGUGUCCACAACAGCUGAUGGAUCCUAAACUCGGCCAACAUAAAUAUAUAAAAUUGAAGAAAACUAAACUUCAUUAUGUUGAAAGUGGUGAUGAAAAUGAUCAUCCGAUUCUUCUUCUUCACGGCUUCCCCGAUUGCUUUUUUGGGUGGCGUUAUCAAAUUCCUGUAUUAUCACAAUCGCAUCGAGUGAUUGCAUUGGAUCUUAAAGGAUUUAAUGACUCAGAUAAGCCCGUGUUAAGACACAACUACAGACCAAAUGUUAUCUGCUCAGAAAUCAGAGACUUUCUAGACGUUUUGAAUAUCAAAGCUGCGACAAUCAUUGGUCAUGACAUUGGUGGUGUCGUUGGUUGGAUUUUUAUUCAAAAAUUUCCAGAAUAUGCAAGCAAAUUUAUAGCAAUAUCAGCAUGUCAUCCAAAUUUCUUUUGGCAUCCAUCAAAAACAGCAUUGACAACAAGAAGUUGGUUCACAAUGAUUCAAACGCCUUUAUUGCCUGAAAAUGAAUUAAAGAAAAAUGUUAGAUUUAUAGAGAAGUUUUACGGACAUUUAAAAAAAGAAUCAUCCAUAAUGGAGUUUGAAAAUGGCGAGAAAGUCAAAGGACUUGAACAGAUUGAAACAUACAAAUAUAUUUUCAACAGUUCACUUGAUUGGACUGGGCCAUUAAAUUACUUCAGAAAUUUGAUGUUUUAUCGUGUGAAAUCUGGAGUGAAUGUUAAGUGUCCAUGUAUUCUUAUAUCUGGCAAUGACGAUCCAAAUUAUAAACUCGAAACAAUCAUUAAAAGUGCGGAGUUUUGUGAGAAUUCAUCAAUUAGAAUAAUUGAAGGUGCUGGUCGCUUUCCACAUCAAAGUCAUUGGAAUGAAGUCAAUCAAAUUCUUGUUAAAUAUCUCGGUGGCACACGUCGACGAAUCAUUCAAGAAGAAGUCAUUUCAAGAGGACUCGUCGGUCGUAUGAUUAAUAAAGUUUAUGGCGUGAGUCAACAUUAUACAAAUUUAUCAGUUAAUGGCAACAUAUUUAGCGGACUGUCAACUUAACAUUUUAACAUAUUUUUUUCUGUUGUUUUUGUUAUUAAUUACAUUAUAAUAUCUACUUACAUUAAAGCUUUAGUUAUGUUAAGAAUCAAUU